CUUGGGCAGGCUGGAGCUGCUGACAGCUCACCCUCUCCCCUGCAGGCCUGCCGUCAUGUGCUAGGGCACUUGGGACGCGCGAUCACACCCUCCCCACUCCGGGGGUCGCCCUGUGCACUGCCCCACCAUGGCCGGGGACCGACUCCCCAGGAAGGUGAUGGACGCCAAGAAGCUGGCCAGCCUUCUGCGGGGCGGGCCCAGGGGGCCCCUGGUCAUCGACAGCCGCUCCUUCGUGGAGUACAACAGCUGGCACGUGCUGAGCUCCGUCAACAUCUGCUGCUCCAAGCUGGUGAAGCGGCGGCUGCAGCAGGGCAAGGUGACCAUCGCCGAGCUCAUCCAGCCAGCCGCGCGCAGCCAGGUGGAGGCCACGGAGCCGCAGGACGUCGUGGUGUAUGACCAGAGCACGCGGGACGCCAGCGUGCUGGCCGCCGACAGCUUCCUCUCCAUCCUGCUCAGCAAGUUGGACGGCUGCUUUGACAGCGUGGCCAUCCUCACAGGGGGUUUUGCCACCUUCUCCUCCUGCUUCCCCAGCCUCUGUGAGGGCAAGCCUGCCGCCCUGCUCCCCAUGAGCCUCUCACAGCCCUGCCUGCCCGUGCCCAGUGUGGGCCUCACCCGUAUCCUGCCUCACCUCUACUUGGGCUCUCAGAAGGAUGUCCUGAAUAAGGAUCUGAUGACCCAGAACGGAAUAAGCUACGUCCUCAAUGCCAGCAACUCCUGCCCCAAGCCCGACUUCAUCUGUGAGAGCCGCUUCCUUCGCAUCCCCAUCAACGACAACUACUGUGAGAGGCUGCUGCCCUGGCUGGACACGUCCAUUGAGUUCAUUGAUAAAGCCAAGCUGUCCAGCUGCCAAGUCAUCGUGCACUGUCUAGCUGGCAUCUCCCGCUCUGCCACCAUCGCCAUCGCCUACAUCAUGAAGACAAUGGGCAUGUCCUCGGACGACGCCUACAGGUUCGUCAAGGACCGGCGUCCCUCCAUCUCGCCCAACUUCAACUUCCUGGGCCAGCUGCUGGAGUACGAGAGAAGCCUGAAGCUGCUGGCCGCGCUGCAGGGGGACGCGGCUUCCUGCCCGGGGACUCCGGAGCCCCUCCCUGGCCCAGCCCCGCUGCCCGGACUGCCCCCACCUACCUCAGAGAGCGCGGCCACCGGCGCUGCCGGGAGCGUGGUGGCUGCCGGCGGCAGCGCGGCCACAGAGGGCAGCGGUGCCAGCGGCGGCUGUUGCGGGGAGCCACCCGCCCCCGCCGCCGCCCCGGCUACCAGCGCGCUGCAGCGGGGCCUGCGGGGCCUCCACCUGUCCUCCGACCGCCUCCAGGACACCAACCGCCUCAAGCGCUCCUUCUCGCUGGACAUCAAGUCUGCCUACGCACCCAGCCGGCUGCCCGACGGACCCGGGCCUCCGGACCCGGGCGAGGCACCCAAACUCUGCAAGCUGGACAGCCCUUCUGGGGGCGCGCUGGGCCUGCCCUCACCCGGUGCCGACAGCCCGGAUGCGGUGGCGCCCGAGACGCGCCCGCGGCCCCGCCGGCGGCCCCGCGCCCCCGCUGGCUCCCCGGCGCGCUCCCCGGCGCACGGCCUUGGCCUGAACUUUGGCGACUCGGCGCGGCAGACUCCGCGGCACGGCCUCUCCGCCCUGUCGGUGCCUGGGCUGCCUGGGCCCAGCCAGCCCGCUGGCCCUGGGGCCUGGGUGCCGCCGCUGGACUCUCCCGGCACACCGUCGCCCGAUGCGCCCUGGUGCUUCAGCCCCGAGGGCGCGCAGGGAGCGGGCGGCCCGCGCCUGGCGCCCUUUGGCAGCAGCGGCGGUGGCGACCUGCGACGGCGGGAGACGGCGCGGGCUGAGCCCCGGGAUGCGCGGACCGGCUGGCCCGACGAGCCGGCGCCCGACUCGCAGUUCAAACGGCGCAGCUGCCAGAUGGAGUCCGAGGACACCAGAGCCGAGGGCCGCACGCGGGGCGAGGAGCUCGUGGCGCUGGGCAAGCAGGCCAGCUUCUCGGGCAGCGUGGAGGUCAUCCGGGUGUCCUGA